CCUGCCUGCCCUUCCAAGUGCCAUCUUCACCAUGGCUCCUGGAGAGAAGAUCAAAGCCAAAAUCAAGAAGAAUCUGCCUGUGACAGGGCCUCAGGCACCUACCAUUAAGGAGCUGAUGAGGUGGUACUGUCUUAACACCAACACCCACGGCUGUCGUCGCAUUGUGGUGUCCCGUGGCCGCCUCCGGCGCCUGCUCUGGAUCCUGUUCACGUUGACUGCUGUGGCCCUGAUUUUCUGGCAAUGUGCUCUCCUCGUUCUCUCCUUCUACACUGUCUCUGUCUCCAUCAAAAUCCAUUUCCAGAAGCUGGAUUUUCCUGCAGUAACCAUCUGCAACAUCAACCCUUACAAGUACAGCGCUGUUAGACCCCUUCUGGCUGACUUGGAACAGGAGACCAGAGCAGCCUUGAAGACCCUGUAUGGUUUCUCAGAGAUUGAGUCUCAUAGGAAACGCCGAGAGGCUGAGCCCUGGAGUUCAGCAUGGGAGGGCACCCAACCCAAAUUCCUCAACCUGAUCCCACUGAUGGCCUUCAGUGAGGGUGAGACCAGCAAGGCCACAGACUUCCUCACAGGACAAAAACGUAGAGUCAGUGGGAACAUCAUUCAUAAAGCAUCAGAUGUCAUGCAUGUCCAAGAGUCGAAGGAGGUGGUGGGAUUCCAGCUGUGUCCAAAUGACACGUCCAGCUGUGUCGUCUAUACCUUCAGCUCAGGAGUCAAUGCCAUCCAGGAGUGGUAUAAGCUGCACUACAUGAACAUCAUGGCACAGGUGCCUCUGGAGAAGAAAAUCAACAUGAGCUACUCUGCUGAGGAACUUCUGGUUACCUGCUUCUUUGAUGGGGUGUCCUGUGAUGCCAGGAACUUCACACUUUUCCACCAUCCAAUGUACGGGAAUUGCUACACGUUCAACAAUAAAGAAAAUGAGACUAUCCACAGCACCUCCAUGGGGGGCAGUGAAUAUGGGCUGCAGGUCAUCUUGUACAUAAAUGAAGAGGAAUAUAACCCCUUCUUGGUGUCCUCCACCGGAGCUAAGGUGAUUGUCCAUCGACAGGAUGAAUACCCCUUCAUUGAGGACGUGGGCACAGAGAUUGAGACAGCAAUGGCCACCUCCAUAGGGAUGCACCUGACUGAGUCCUUCAAGCUGGGUGAGCCUUAUAGCCAGUGCACAGAGGAUGGCAGUGAUGUGCCCAUCAAGAAUAUCUACAAUGCUGUCUACUCCCUCCAGAUCUGCCUCCACUCAUGCUUCCAGACUAAGAUGGUGGAAAUGUGUGGGUGUGCCCAGUACAGCCAGCCUCUACCUCCAGCAGCCAAUUACUGUAACUACCAACAGCACCCCAACUGGAUGUACUGCUACUAUGAACUGCACCAGGCUUUUGUCCGGGAACAGCUGGGCUGCCAGUCCGUGUGCCGGGAAGCCUGCAGCUUCAAGGAGUGGACACUGACCACCAGCCUGGCGCAGUGGCCAUCUGUGGUUUCUGAGAAGUGGCUGCUGCGUGUCCUCACCUACCAAGGCCAGCAAAUAAAGAGAAAGCUCAAUAAGACAGACUUGGCCAAGCUCUUGAUAUUCUACAAAGACCUGAACCAGAGAUCCAUCAUGGAAAGCCCUGCCAACAGCGUCGAGAUGCUUCUGUCCAAUUUUGGUGGCCAGCUGGGCCUGUGGAUGAGCUGCUCUGUAGUCUUCAUUGAGAUUAUCGAGGUCUUCUUCAUUGACUCUCUCUCUAUCAGCCGCCACCAGUGGCAGAAAACCAAGAGGUGGUGGGCCCAUAGGCAGGCACCCACCUGCCAUGAGGCUCCCCCAAGCCUUCGGGGCCAGGACAACCCAGUCCUGGAUAUAGACGAUGACCUGCCCACUUUCACCUCCGCUUUGCGCUUGCCUCCAGCAGGGGUUCAGGUGCCUGGCACACCACCCCCCAGAUACAAUACCUUGCGCUUGGAGAGGGCCUUCUCCAACCAGCUUACAGACACCCCAGGUGCCAUCUGAGUCCUGAGGCAGGAUGAGGAAGAGAGAUCUAGCCAGGACCACCAACCACGGGCUGAGAACUUGGACACUAUCUCCUGCACAAGAGGUGACCCUCUGUACCCACUCUGCCUUUUCAGAGACAUUGACUAUAAGUCUGCUUUAAACAACAAGAUGGGGCCGAGCAUGUGCAGGAGACCUGCUGGGCUCUGCCCACCAACACUCAGAGCCUUCCCGAUGAGACAGGUCCUGUGGUGCAAACCCUUAGCCAAUGUGCUCAGAGAGAGAUGGGGCCCAAGAAGUGGUGACUGAUAGAGUUCUUGACCAGAACUUGGGAAAGGCUCCAAAGCCUCCAGUCAGGCUGGGGCCCAAGGACGGAACCUUAGGUUGAAGGCCUGACAAGUGCUGGCUGGUGCUAGGAUAGGAGGAAGGUCCAACCCCACUGGAGAGGUUUGUGAAUGAACUGUUUUUUAGUCACUGACACAGGGGCAAUGUCUCCUCUGUGCCCUCAGGUUGGGACCUGGCCUGAGGUCCUCACAGUGAAUAGGAGAGAAAAUGUGCUGCAGGGGAGGCCUAGGGAUGAGACAGGAGGCCUUCAUUCUGGGAGGGGAGGUGGAGCCAUGUUCUGAGUAGCUAAGCAGUGCCUUGGGCCCUUUUCCCAAGCAGAGAGGAGCUAGUUAAAGGGCUUUGCUGGGCACGCCUCUCCAGUGGUAGCCCAAGGCAUAAAGGAUAUAUUCUGACAAACUGCUCUUCCUCUAAUGCAGACUCCUCCACCAACAAGCCAACUACACAAGACAGCCCAUUUAGUCCCAUAGUCAUGCCCUCCAACAUGACAAUAGGUAAUGUAUUAAGCACAGAGGAGGGUGUUCAAUGUACUGGGUGCUGUUCUAAGCUCUUACAGAGUUUAUUGUUGUGGAUGGCAAACUAUGACCCUCGGCCAAAUGCUGUUUGGCUUGUGACCUAAGAAUGGUUUUUUUUUUCCCUCCACUUCUCAAUGAUUAAAAAUAUCAGAGAACGUUUGUGACUCAUGUCAAUUCUAUGAGAUUCAAAUUCAGUGUCUAUGAAUACAUUUUAUUGGAACA